GGUCUGAUCAGGGGCGGGGCCUAGGCUGAGGCGGGCUUUCCGGGUUUUAAACUUGGCUUCCUCCAUCCCGCCCUCUCCUGCUCGUGGGCUCCUGCGCAUACUGUGCCGUCCCGGAGGAGGUGAGGCGUCUGUCCUUCAGGGAUCCCCCCAGACCUGGCAUGGAGAGCUUGGAGGAGUGCGGAGAGGACGCCGCGCUGGAGCCCUGCAGGACCCCCCAGGCCUCCGUGACAUUCAAGGAUGUGGCCGUGGACUUCACCUGGGAGGAGUGGAGGCUCCUGGACCCUCCCCAGAAGGAACUGUUCUGGGAGGUGAUACUGGAGAACUACAGGAACCUGGUCUGCCUGGGCCUUGCUGAUUCAAACAAGGAUGUGAGGAUCUCUGAGCUGGAGUCAGGGGAACCACAUUGGAUUCCAACUGGUGGUGUCCUAAGAAGCUGCUGGCCAGGUUGGGAAUCGAGGCCUCAGACCAAAGAGUCAGCUCCCAAGAUGAGUAUUUCUAUGAAAGUCUUAUCCCAGGAAAAGUUCUUGGAGGAUUAUCUAAGAAUCUGCAAGAUGGGGAAAGCCUGGGAGUGUGAUGGCAGGUUGAAGAAAAAGGAGAGCAUGGAGGGGAAACCUUCUAGAGGAAUAAAAAUAAUCCAAGCAGAACCUCCCAGUGAGGCUGGAGUUUCUGAACAUGGUAAAUACAGUCAGACCUCUAGCCCAGAGCCAGGCCUUUUUCCACAACAGGGAACAUCUGUAGUUAUGCAGGGCCAGAAAGGAGAUAACCAGAGAGGGCGAUCCACCAUGUAUUUGAACCAAGGACAAAGAGAUCAAAUCCAUUCCAGGAAGAAACGUCGUAAGGUUAACAAAUGUCAGAAAGUGCUGGGUCCUGAUUUGGGCUCCAUAAAAAAACGUGGAAUUCUUUCUGAAGAGAAAGUUCAUGAAACGGGGAAUUCAUUCACUCGUAUUAAUGAAUGUGGUCCACACCAGACAACCGAUAGGAGAAAAAAGUGUAAUGAGUUAACUAAAUGGAGGAAGACAGUUUGUGCUGAACUUUACUCUCAUUGUCAGAGUAGAGAGAGACGGUACAAAUGCAGUGAAUGUGGAAAGGCCUUCCAGGAAAAGGGGGCUCUUAAAAAACAUUACAGAAUUCAUACUGGAGAGAAACCUUUUAAAUGCAGUGAAUGUGGAAAGGCCUUCCUGCGUAAAGAGGCUCUUAAAAGACAUUACAGAAUUCAUACUGGAGAGAAACCUUUUAAAUGCAGUGAAUGUGGAAAGGCCUUCCCGCAAAAGGGGGAUCUUAAAAAACAUUACAGAAUCCAUACUGGAGAGAAACCUUUUAAAUGCAGUGAAUGUGGAAAGGCCUUCCUGCAUAAAGGGGCUCUUAAAAUACAUUACAGAACUCAUACUGGAGAGAAACCUUUUAAAUGCAGUGAAUGUGGAAAGCCCUUCCAGCAAAAGGGGGAUCUUAAAAUACAUUACAGAAUUCAUACUGGAGAGAAAGCUUUUAAAUGCAGUGAAUGUGGAAAGGCCUUUUCCAGGGCUGGAACACUAAAAGGACAUCAGAGUACUCAUACUGGAGAGAAACCCUUUGAAUGCAAUGAAUGUAGGAAGACAUUCCGAAGAAAUUGUCACCUUUUAAGUCAUCAGAGGAGAAUUCAUGGAGGAAUUAAACUUCAUGAAUGCAAUGUAUGUGGGAAAGCAUUCUAUGGGAAGUUUGAACUUACUAUUCACAGUAGUAUUCAUACAGAAGAGAAACCCUUUGAAUGCAGUGAAUGUGGGAAGGCAUUCCCAAGAAAUUCUCACCUUUUAAGUCAUCAGAGGAGAAUUCAUGAAGGAUUUAAACUUCAUGAAUGUAACGUAUGUGGGAAAGCAUUCUCUAGGAAGUAUGAUCUUACUACUCACACUAGAAUUCAUACAGGAGAGAAACCCUAUGAAUGCAGAGAAUGUGGAAAGGCCUUUUACAGUAAGUCAGACCUUGCCAAGCAUAGCAGGAUUCAUACAGGAGAGAAACCCUUUGAAUGCAGUGAAUGUGGGAAGGCAUUCGCAAGAAAUUCUCACCUUUUAAGUCAUCAGAGGAGAAUUCAUGGAGGAAUUAAUCUUCAUGAAUGAGAUGUAUGUGGGAAAGCAUUCUAUGGGAAGUAUGAUCUUACUACUCACAGUAGUAUUCAUGCUGGAGAGAAACCCUAUGAAUGCAGUGAAUGUGGGAAGGCCUUUUCCAGUAAGUCAUAUUUUACCCACCAUAGCAGGAUUCAUGCUGGAGAGAAACCUUUUCAAUGUGAUAUUUGUGGAAAAGUACUUCUCUCUAAAUUUAACCUGAACCGUCAUCAGAAAACCCAUAUUGAAGAGAAACCUUUUUUGUGCAGUGUUUGUGGGAAAGGUUUUCCUGGGAAAAAAACUCUGACUGCACAUCAAAGAACUCAUGCUGGAAAGAGAACCUCUGAGUGCAGUGAAUGAGGAAAGAUCUUUCUUCGAAAGUCAUCUUACAUCUCACUCUACUAUUCAUAUUGGGGGAAAAAUCUUUUGAAUGAGGAGGCUUUGGGAAAGCCUUUCCCCAGAAAACAGCACUGACUCUCCCCAUCAGAAAACAUAUUCUUGGGGAGAAACAUUAUGAGUGCGAUGUAUGUGGAAAGGCUACACCCACAAUAAAAGUCUUUUCUUUCAUAAGAAAAUACAUUGGUAUGGGGCUGGAGCCCACCAGCUGUGUGGUUUAGUAGAUGGAGAGCCAGACGUAUUGUGUAAUUAGAAAUCUUCAAUUCUUGAACUUCAUCUCCCAGAAUUCUUUUUAAUUCAUCCAUGUCACAUCCUCACAUUUGGUAAAUAAGUUGUGUGUAACUCCACCCUUUCUCUCUCUUCUGAUGGCGCUCUGUGCUCUGAUGGCUAUGAGUGGGGUCGUGGGAAGCUUUCUUUCUUUAACUGAGAUUAUUUUCCUUAUUCUUCAAAUAUUUAAUAAACUAUAUAAAACGUAAUACUUGAAGUAUUUGGAUAUUAAUAUUUAACCUUACUUAUUUGGCCGACCACUUCGGGAAACGAAUUCUCAGAAUUUCUUCUCAGCCUCUCAGGGAAGUCAGUAAGUUUGUCGAGCGGUGGGGUCUUGUCCCACCACAGGAGUUGGGAGAGGUUUGGAGGUCGGUCACUGCUUCUAUCUCCUGCUAGCUCACCCUGCUUGGCUUCCACUGCAGCUGCCGCUGCCCUAGCAGCCAUUCCUGCUCCUCCUCCUGCUGCUACUGCGGCUGAUUGUUGCUGUUUCUGGUAAGCUGCCCCAAUCUGUCUUUUCCACCCACCCCAGCUUGCUUCCUAUACUUCCUGCCAAUCCCAGCCCAGCGGGGAUCCCUUUCUCCUACCAGGCAGCCUUUGACCCAAAGGGGGUCCUGGUCCUCCCUCCUAGCUAAGCCCUCUUUCCACCACAGCUAUAGGGUGUCCUCCCCUCUAAACCCAGCCCAGGAACCUUGCCUUAAUCCUUCUCACCCCUGCUGGGCAAAAACCUAGCGAGGUGGUCUAGAAAAAACUUCAGUCCUUAUCUCUGUCCACCUUAUCUUUUGUAUUCUGGCACAUUGUACUACCUCAACCUCCUCCUCUGCUACACACAUUUGUCAUAUGUCAUGCCAUUGGCAUGCUAUGGCUUCAGAGGGGAUUCUUAACAUCAACUGGAAAAUGUAUUGCCAGCACAGACCUUAUUAAUCGACUUCUUUCUGUCCUCUAGCUCCCUGAAGACAUAGCCAUUGGUCACUGCUCUGUACACACCUGGCACUGACCCUGUCUCUAGGGGAAAUGUCUGAGAAGAUUCUGCUGCAAAACUAGUGGCCAUAGAAGGGCCUGAAUUAAUUUUAACAUUCAUAAUCAUUGAUGACUUAAAUUUAUCAUUUUCCUGUAAUGAAAAGGAAAUGGAAAAAUGGAAGCAAAAAUGUAAAGCAAAAUAGAUUCGUGUAGUAUGGUUGUCUUCUGAAGGAAAACUCCAGCUCCCUAGAAGUUUUUAUCAACCAAUUUGAUGAUCGAUGCAUAAAAUGGCUAUUUUGGCACCCAGGGAAUUGUAGAUUCUGUUAAAAGAGUAUGGAAAGCCCCUGGUAUAACUACUAUAGCCUCUAAAGUGUGUACAGCCUGUUCUACCUGCCAAGCAUUUAACCAACACACCUUUUGUGGCAAAGCUUUUGGUGGACAUCCUCACUUAUACACCAUUUCAGCAUUUACAAAUUGAUUUUAUCUCUAUGACAAAAGCUGAACAGUAUAAAUGUGAAUUUUAGAUUUAAUCCACCCUGCUUAUACUAACAAAACAGGAAUGUCUACACCCCUACUUAAGAAUUAAAUGUUAAGCAAGCAAGAGCUAGAAAAAAAAUCAGAAAAUGUAAAAUCAAUAAUUUUGAUUACAUUAAAUUAAAAAGUUUUUGUACAAACAAAAUGCAUCCAAAAUUAGAAGGGACGCAACAAAUUGGAAAACAAUCUUCAUUACAAAAACGUCUGACAAAGGUCUAAUUACUCAAAUUUAUAAAGAGCUAAACCAAUUGUACAAAAAAAUCAAGCCAUUCUCCAAUUGAUAAAUGAGCAAGGGACAUGAAUAGGCAAUUUUCAGUUAAAGAACUCAAAACAAUAAGCACAUGAAAAAGUGUUCUAAAUCUCUUAUAAUCAGAGAGAUGCAAAUCAAAACAACACUGAGGUAUCACCCCACACUUAGCAGAAUGGCCAACAUAACAGCAAAGGAAUGUAAUAAAUGUUCAAGGGGAUGCGGCAAAAUUGGGACACUAAUUCAUUGCUGGUGGAGUUGUGAAUUGAUCCAACCAUUCUGGAGGCCAAUUUGGAGCUAUGUCCAAAGGAGGAUAAAAGACUGUCUGCCCUUUGAUCCAGCCAUAGCACUGCUGGGUUUGUACCCCAAAGAGAUAAUAAGGAAAAAGACAUGUACAAAAAUAUUUAUAGCUGUGCUCUUUGUGGUGGCAAAAAAUUGGAAAAUGAGGUUAUUCCCUUCAAUUGGAGAAUGGCUGAACAAAUUGUGGUAUAUGUUGGUGAUGGAAUACUAUUGUGCUCAAAGGAAUAAUAAAGUGGAGGAAUUCCAUGGGCACUGAAACAACCUCCAGGAAUUGAUGCAAAGUGAGAGGAGCAGAACCAGGAGAACAUUGUACACAGAGACUGAUACACUGUGGUACAAUUGAAUGUAAUGGACUUCUCCAUUGGUGGCAAUGCAGUGACACUGAACAACUUGGAGGAAUCUAUGAGAAAAACCACUGUCCACAUCCAGACGAAACACUGUGGGAAUAAAAACACCAAAGAAAAACAACUGCUUGAAUACAUGGGUUGAAGGGAUGUUGGUUGAGGAUGUAGACAUUAAAUGAACAUCUUAGUGCAAACGAACAACAUGGAAAUAGAUUCUGAUCAAGGACACAAGUAAUACCCAAUGAAAUUGCGCGUUGGCAGUGGAAAGAGUGGGUGGAGGGGAGGGAGGGAAAUAAUGUGAUUAUUGUAACCAAGGAAUAAUGUUCUAAAAUGACUAAAUUAAUUCAAAUGGAAAAAAAAAGAAUUAAGUGUUGAGAAGGAUGGUCAGUAACAAACAUAUGCUAGCAAAUGACAAAUCAGAAACAACUGACAGACCCUCUGGACUGUCCUAAGUCAAGCUUAAGCUACCAUUGCUACAUGUGAGAUGCAGGAAGUGAUGUAAAAAAUGUUCUAUAUAUUUCCCAUCACUUCCUCUCUCUGGCCUCUUUUUGCAGAGACGUGACUCGUUGGCAAGAUGUGGCUCUGGCUCUCUCAGGGAGACAUGGCUCUCACUCUGUCUCCCACUAGUGGAGACGUUGGUCUCUGUCAGCAACUUGGGGGGUGUUGGGUAGCGUUUAGCAUCUUGGGUCUUGGUGUGGGCAUGCUAGGUGAGUAGUUUAGACUGAUUCCUUUUUCCUUUACCUUCCAAAACACUAUCCUCUUAGGAAGCCCCUAAUCUUCUGAGGAGACCUUGUGGUGGAGGUCUUUGAACUCCCCUUGGCACAGGCUAGACCGGAGAAAUUUUAUACCUUUUCCCCUCUUUCUUCUUAAUUCCUUCCCUCUAUAUUAAUUAAACCACUCAAAAAUUCAAAACUGACUUGAGUAUUUUUAUUGGGAUUUGAAUUAAUCCCUGGCGGCCAACUAAAUUUAUAUUUCAGUCAAAACCCCCUAAAUUUAAUUCAUAUAAAUUUUGUCUGGUCAUAGUCAAUCAGCUGACUUAGUGACCUGAAGCAUUUCCUACUGUUCAGGACACAGUGGCUUUUGUUGCCAAAGUACUUUUGAAAGAAAUUAUUCCUUGUUUUGUCCUGCCAGCAUGUAUUGAUUUGGAUAGGGGAACUCAUUUUACUGAUUCAAUCUUACUGCAAAUUUAUUCAUGUUUGGGGAUAACUCCUAAAUUUCAUAUACCAUAUCAUUCCCAGAGCUCUGACUAAGUUGAAAGAAUGAAUAAAGAACUUAAAACUAUGAUUGGCAAAUUGUGCACAGAGACUCAUUUAAAAUGGCCAGAAUUUAUGAGAAAGAAUACUAUACACAUUCAGAGGAAGAACUGUGGGAAUAGAAACUCUAAAAAUAAAAUUUGGUGAGUUAUAAAAAAAUAAAAGAUUUAGAUGGAAAAACUGUUCCAAUAUAGGUUGAAAACUGUUUAACUCGCCAAGCAGGUUCAAACUGUUUGGAUACUUUUAAUAGAGAUAAUCAAAAGAAUCUUCAGUGAUAAAGUGAAGCUCAAAUAUGAAUUUCCCUUCAGGUCCAGGUUCAAGGAUGCUCAAGAGACUCUUAUUAUAAACAUAAAAUGCUUAUUGAAAUAUAUAAGGAUAAAUAAAGGGUUUCUAAUUCUAAGGGAUUCUAAAUCCACCCAAAUAAACUCCCAGGUUCCAUAAGCAACUGCUUCUCCUGUGUUUCACUUGCUACACUAAUCUUCCAUGAUCUGACAAACCCAAAUUUAUGCUAUCUACAUAAAAACUACCACUAUUAUACUUAUAAAUCUUAACUUUGCCUUCAGAUUACAAAAUAGCAAAGGCUGCUGGUUGAGUCUCAACAAGAAUCAAGUUAGGACUCUAGGUGAAUGUGAAAACCCCUUUCUAUGGGAUGAUCUCUACCCCUUCCCUACUUGGGACUGCUUUAGGGGAGAAAACUCCUUGCUAUGGGAGGACCUCUAUUCCACCGGUACUUAAGAAUGCUUUAGGGCAGAAAACUCCUUGCUAAACAAUGAAAGUACUUGAAAACCAUACUUAUAAAGGAAAGGAGUUCUUUGAGCCAUGCCUAUUUUUGGAAUUGAUACAAUGGGAUGCUAGGUGCCUAUAAAGGUGGGGCAACUUGUAAACUACUUAGACCUAAAAGGUGAAAACUCACUCAGAGGGUUUCUCUUAAUGAAAUUAGUCGACACAGCAGCAUUUUUUUUUACUUACUAAAGAGAUUAAUCUACUCAGCUGUGAAUUCAAAAUGGGCUGUCUUUUGGAAAACAUCUACAGUGAUUGGUAGAUGGAAGAACUUAGGGGAGGUGACAGGAGAUUUUGCCCUUAAAAAUAAGAGCUCGCCAGAAGAGCUAAAAGUCAUUCUGAAACAUUGAGAUUGAGGAGAUCAUUCUGAAACAUUCAGAUUGAGGGGGAGUCAUUCUGAAACAUUCAGAUGGAGGAAGGACUGAUUCUGAAAUAUUCAGAUGGAGGAGGGAGCUGGUGAAAGCAGCUGAGAUGAUGCUGGCUUGGUGUCACUAGAUUCCUUGCUUAGGCUGACCUUGUGGUGAGUGUUAAAAGACUGACUGACUGAUCUCUCGCUCUCUUAAGACUCAGGUCUAGGCCAUGUUGGCUUAAAGCCCUUCAUACUUAUUUCCUUUUUCUCUUUUCUUUAAUUCUACAUUUAUAUUAAUUAAAAUCUCUAUAAAACCCAGUUGACUUGGGUAUUUGAAUAAUUGGGAAUAUUUCCCUGGCAACCACCUUAUAUUUGAUUUUGAAUCCAAGACACUGUAGUGAAAAAUAUUUUCUGCGGUCAAAUUUUCUUACCCUCUCAUAUCUAUCACAAUUUAUAUCUUCCACCAUUUUAACUCACUACAGUAUAUGGGCUUCACUAUCUUAAAUCUCACAAGACUGAGGCUUUGAACCCCUCCUUUUCCACCCCUCCUGCUGUAGCUGAAUGUUCUUCCAAAAACUACUGAUGCAAGCAUUCUCUGGAAAUCCCGGUUAGGUGGUUACAUAUUGUGACUUAUCUGCCUGUAGAAUACUUUCUAGAUUCAAUGAGGUUAACCAAACCCUUUGUACCAAACUUGUAAAUCAUUACCUUUUGUAAAAAAUAGACUCGAAUAUAGGAAUACAAUCCCCACAAGCCUUUGCUCCACUUCCCCAAAAUGCUUUGUAAUCUCACGGGAAUUCUGAGGUGGGUCGAGAUCGAGGAAGGAUUUGAGCUGGUGGCAAAGGUUUUUGGUUCUUCUUUUGGACUUCUGUUUUGGAGCAGAUGCAUCUCUUCCGUGAUGUGAGGUUAUCUGGCCUAGGCCUCUGGCCUAGGCACGUGUUUUUUCUUACUUGUAUAUUCUUUAAUCCUUAAUCCUUAUUAAACCUUUAAAAAAUAUAGUACUCCUUGCAGAGAGAAACUAAUUUCAGAUGCCUCAGUCUCCCCAUAUUCCUAAAUUUUAACUGUUACAGAUGGCAACUACUAGAUUGGAUGAGAACUUCUCAAAUUUUUUAGCCUAGAGAAAUUUUUUUAAGCCACGUAUCUCCAAGAUGCCUUUUAGAAAACCGUCUUGAUCAGCUCCUGCCUGGAGCCCUCUCCAGCUCCUGCUUCUGCUCCUGGCCUCUCACCUGGUGCCUGAGCUCCCGGACCUGUUUGUCUGCAUGCCGGCUCCAGGCCCUACCCAACCUGGCCGUCUGUCUCUCACCCAUCUGACCUCCGACCCAGCUGGCUCAUCACCCAGAUCCUUGGAGCAGAUUGCUGAGGACUCAUUUCGACCAGCUGAUAACAGUAUUGGCCACGUGGGUGGAGGGGACAGAGGAGAGGGAAAGGAGAAAGGGGAAUUUUCCCUUAGGCUAAGCCUCUGAGUGGACAAGGGUAUUGACUCCAUGUUGGCGGCCUGGGCUCCAUGUGAACUGGGGCAGGAGGAGGUAUCAGAGCAGGAGAGAGAGAAAAGGGAGAGGAAAAGAAACAUAUUUUUUCAAACAGAAACUUAAAAAGCAAUGGGCUGUUUAAAAGGAUACCUUUUGACUCUUCUGGUAAUUUCAUUGACUUCACCUGCCUGUCAGAGAGCAGAUUCAGCCCAAAGAUUCAACUUUAACUUUGAAGGGGCAAAUGGGUGGCGCAAUGAACUGGGAGCCAGACUUGAGGACAUGCGGUCCUGGGUUAAAAUCUGGCCUCUGAUACUUCCCAGCUGUGCGGCCCUGAGCAGACCCCUUAGACCCCAUUGCUUAGCCCUUACCACUCUGCCUUCUGACAAUAGACAUUUAAAUGGAUAAGAACCCAAGGAACUUUGAAGAGACUAAAGGCUAUGUUCUAAGGCAUUUCAGACUCCAAUGGUUUAUAAAAAUCUCUGAAUUCUAUUGCAUUUUUUGUUAUGGUUUAACUUUGUGAUUUUAAGUUCAUAUAUUACUGGAUUCAAUAUUAUUCUGCUUGAACUGAAGGUUGAUUGAAUUUACUAUGUAUGUACUUAGUUGUUAAAAUUCUGUUGUUUUCCCCCUAUAACUGUGUUGAACAAAUAUUGUGAAUAAGCCCAUAUAUGAAAAAACAGCUUUUUUCUAUUUUGCCAAGGAUAGAUGGACUUCAGAACUGGUUAUAAUUGUAUUAACAACCUUGGAAAAAUUUAAUGUGCUAAAUACCUCAAAUGAUUUGAUUUUAAGGGUUUUUUAAAUAUGAUUUUUGGAAUUUUUUUUAACAAUCUGAUUAUUUUUGCCUGCCCCUACCACAAGGUAAGGCCCAUUCUAGUAGCUUAAGUGAAAUACAUUUUAUAAACCCCAACCUUCCCACAUGUGAAUGGAAGUUGGGCAGUUAAUCUCAGGACAUUUGUAUCCCUAAAAGCCUCCAAAAGGAGCACCCCUUUAUUUAUACUCUUCUGCUCACUACUUUACUUGCACCAGAAUGAUAUCUAGAUUUCUUGAUUAUGUUCUUAACCCAAGAUGAGUUUUACUUUGUUUAAAAAAAUAUGUUUAAAUACCAAGAUUGAAAGAUUGCUAUGUUUGUAAAAAUUGUGACAAAUGUCCAUCAAUUCAUAGGUUUUAAAAAGGUCAUACAGCAACUUAUGUGAAAUAUGAAAGUGUGUUUGUUUGCUAUUGUAAUUAAUUGGGCUAUUGAGAAUUUUGGGGAUAUUGAUAUCUACAUAUUUGUACUACUGUAUUUUUAAAAAAUGAAAAAUUGUUAACCUUGUUCAAUUCAUUUGCCUUCUACUCACAGUGGAGCAUGACCAGAUAUUAAGAGGAAAUGGAUCUCAUUUUUUGUGAGAAAGCCUUGCAUUUUAUAUUUUCUUAGCUGACACAGAGUGUCAAUGAUUAUAAGCUAUAUUUUUGAAUUUUUUAAAGCUCUUUUAUUAUUAUAUUUUUCUUGCAUGUGCAAUAUACUUUUUCAGUUUUUUUAUUAUUUUUUCUCUCCUUUUUAUAUUUGAAGCACAUGUCACCAGCAUUAAGAUUUUCUUUAACUUUUUGACUUUUCAGUGCUACAAGUUUGAAAUACAUUUGCUAAUGCAUGCCCUAAAAAGCUUGUGACUAUAAAAAUGAUGCCACUAAUUAUUUAAUAAAUUAUGGGACUUUGCUUAAUGAUUCUGUCUGAUUUCCGGACAAGGUAUACACAAAAGAGCCAUUGUGUGAUAUCGAAUAAACUUUAAAAGACUGAUAUAUAUUAAUUUAAGGUCGCCAAGGAAUUCAGCUAUGUAAUUCCUAAAUGAAAACUCAAGUCAGCAGUCAGCCUUUUGGAGUUUUUAAUUACAAACAGGAGGAAGAAAGGUAUGAGAGAGAGAGAGAGAGAGAGAGAGAGAGAGAGAGAGAGAGAGAGAGAGAGAGAGAGAGAGAGAGAGAGAGAGAAAGGGGAGAGAAGGGAAUAGGACUUAAAUAUCCCCUCUCCUUAGGCUGGGCCAAAGGCCCAAGCCCUUAGAUAGCUGAGACAAAGAAAAGAGAUCAGUCCCUAUCACUCACGUGACCAAAAUGGAGAAAGUCUCAGGGGCCUCUAUCUCCAGACUCCUUCAGAGCAAAACCUCCUCAGAGCAAAACCUCUCAGAGCAAAAAAACUCUCCCCUCUCUGUCCUCAGACCCCGCUAUCUUUAAGGAAACCAUCUAAGUUCCCUCCCUUCAAUUCUCACAUAUACAAAUCACUGUCAAUGUCUCCCCUGUGCCAAUGGUGGCUCUAGUUUAACCCAGGACCGUCCAGAGGUCUGUGGCUUUGCACAUGUAUGUUGAAGGUCAUAUUCUCAAAUAAUUAAAUCUUGAUCUUUGCUGCAGCCCUUCCUAAAUCCUGUUACUCUAAGUAGGGUGGAGAUUGUAUUUUCCAAGACCUGGUUCUGUCAUUCCAAGUAUCUCUAUUGUAUCAAUUCUAAAAUCAAUCAUGACUCAAAGAACUUCCUGUUCUAUGCUUAAGCAUAGGUCAAAACCCUUUCCAUUGUUUAGCAAAAGGUUUCUGUCCUAAAGUAGUCUUAAGUAGGGAGGAGAAGGAUCCUCCCAUGUCAAGGGGUUUCACAUUCUAAUAGAGUUCUUACUAUCAGUAGGAAAUUUUUUCCAGUAUGAAAUUUCCCAAUGGGGAAAUUUCCAACAUUCAUAAGUCUAAGAAAUUUUAAGGUUUACAAUUGCACAGAGCCAAAGAAAAGCCAAUCCAGGAUGGAUUGAUGCACGUCUAGGCCAAUACAAAGGUCUUGAACCUAGUGUGAAGACUCGAGGUUACUGUGUUUAACAUUGUUAGACAUAGGCUUUCCUUGUGUCCACACUCACUCUGAAAAUACUCACAGACGAGUAUCCCCAAAACCUUGGCUCCUAUAAUCUGGUCCCCUUUUCUGCCUUCGAUAAUGUGGUACCUUUCUGUAGUCCUGGCUACUGACUGGGUAAAUGCAUCAUUGCUUAGAUCAUUUUGAUUGGGCCCUGAUAGAAGGACCUGUUAUAGAUUUAUUUUUCUUUUUACUUGGAAUUUUUACACAUAAGACUUUGAUAGUCUAUAUUUUCAUCCAGAAAUUUUUUCUUUUCUUUUGGAUUUUUCUGAUAUCUUUUUAAUAUCUCUUGCCAAUUGAUUCAUAUACCUCAGCCAUGCAUCCCUAAGUGAUCCCAGUUUUUUAAUCACCCUCUUAAUGGGGGGAAUGUAAAAAAUUAUUAUUAUUUAAAUUGCAAAGUUUAAAUUCCUUUUGAGGAGAAUUUUAGGUAAAGAAGAUGCUACCUCUCUGAAUCCAGAACUGAACUGCUGGAGAAGCCACCAUGAAGAUGCCUCCAGAUCACAAGUUACACAAAAUUGAACUUUGAGUGUGGUUGAUUGAACAUUUAUUGGUAUGUAUACUUUUAUGCCAAAGGGGAGACUGCCCCCUAACUGGCUUUUUGUCAAUGUGUUUCAGCAGUUAUUGGUUUAAUUUUUUUUCUUUCUCUUAUCCUCAAAUUAUUAUAAUGUUUAAGUUGAUUAUUUUCUCAUGAUCCUUUUUGGGGAAACUUUGCUCCCCAACAACAAUCAAAUGGGGAAUGUAAAAAAUAGACUCGAAUACAGGAAUACAAUCCCCACAAGCCUUUGCUCCACUUCCCCAAAAUGCUUUGUAAUCUCACGGGAAUUCUGAGGUGGGCCGAGAUCGAGGAAGGAUUUAAGCUGGUGGCAAAGGUUUUUGGUUCUUCUUUUGGACUUCUGUUUUGGAGCAGAUGCGUCUCUUCCGUGAUGUGAGGUUAUCUGGCCUAGGCACGUGUUUUUUCUUACUUGUAUAUUCUUUAAUCCUUAAUCCUUAAUAAACCUUUAAAAAUAUAA